UGCUGCGUGGCCGUGUGGGCGCCUCCAACUUGGCUUGCGUUUGGAGCCCUUACGGUCUGGGGUUGGCACCUCGGGGUUGGUUCGGGUUCUUCCGUGCGCCUUUGGGCUUCCUUCCCCUUCUUGGCGUGCGUGGGAGAUGCUCUCGGGAGGCUUGUGAGCCCGGGGCCUGGGAAGGGGUGAGGGUGAUUUAUUGGGGUGAGGCGGGACGCCCAGGCAGCAGACCUGGGACAGGACUUGAGGACAGAAACUGGCAAGAUACACCUGCCCAAGACUAAGGCAAGUGAAGCUAGUCGGCUGUUCCAGAAUGAACUGCAGCUCCAAGAAGGGGAAGUAGAAGCCCAGGUGACUCUCCGCCAUGGCCUGUGAACCCCAGACGGACCCUUGUGGGUCAGCCAGCCCACUGCCUACAUCCUCUCCUGGCUGGAGUGCCCUGCCUGUGGGGAGCCCUCCUGGCUGGAGGCAAGAGCUCCGCAAUGGCCAGGUCCUCACAGUUCUCCGGAUCGACAAUACCUGUGCACCCAUCUCGUUUGAUCUGGGAGCUGCAGAAGAGCAACUGCAGACCUGGGGUAUUCAGGUCCCGGCUGACCAGUACAGGAGCCUGGCUGAGAGUGCCCUCCUGGAGCCCCAAGUGAGAAGAUACAUCAUCUACAACUCGAGGCCUAUGCGACUGGCCUUCGCUGUGGUUUUCUACGUGGUGGUGUGGGCCAAUAUCUACUCUACCAGCCAGAUGUUUGCUCUGGGGAACCACUGGGUGGGCGUGCUGCUCGUGACUCUGGCUGCGGUAACCCUGACCCUGACGCUCGUGCUCGUCUUCGAGAGACACCAGAGGAAGGCCAACACCAACACGGACCUAAGGCUGGCGGCUGCCAACGGAGCCCUCCUGAGACACCGGGUGCUGCUGGGUGUGACGGACACGGUGGAAGGCUGCCAGAGCGUGAUCCAGCUCUGGUUUGUCUACUUUGACCUGGAGAACUGUGUGCAGUUUUUGUCUGACCAUGUUCAAGAAAUGAAGACUAGCCAAGAGUCCUUGCUGAGAAGCAGAUUGAGCCAGCUCUGCAUUGUCAUGGAAACUGGGGUGAGCCCCACGACGGCGGAGGGGCCCGAGAACCUGGUAGAGGAAGCUCCCCUCCUGCCCAGUAAUGCUCGUCCCACAGAGAGGCCACUCAUGCAGUCUGAGCUUCAUCAGCUUGUUCCUGAGGCUGAGCCAGAGGAAAUGGCCCGGCAGCUGCUGGCGGUUUUUGGUGGCUACUACAUCCGGCUCCUGGUGACCUCCCAGCUCCCCCAGGCAGCGGGGACACGACACACAGACUCUGCGAGGGCUCCGUGCCCCUGCCAGCUUAUAGAAGCCCACAUCCUGGGCACAGGAUGCUGCCCAUUCCUGGCCAGGUGACCCAGGUGUUAACAGCAAUGUCUGAAAAAAACCGAUCCUGUUUGCUUUGAGAGCUUUCGUUCAAAGACAGAGGUAUCCGCCUUCCUCCAAAACUGAAAGUGAGAAGUGGGGGAGGCCUCAGGAGCCCGAGAUGGCUGAUGGUGAGCCCUAGGCGAGGAGAGAAACAUCUGGGGGCAUCCGAACUGUGUCCGCAAAUGUCAGCAAAUCGUGCUCGUGUGCAAGAACCUGCACCGAAAUGGCUUCUUGACAUCCCAUGCUGGCCUGUGGUCUUUUCAGAAGCUGAUGGUUGCUGAGCUGGCCCCACUUCAAGCUACUCUCUGAGCCUCUUAGAACCGUGGAUGUGGAUGGCAGGGUCAGUCUUCCAGCCCUUUCAUUGCACGGUGAGUGCAGGAGAUGUGAAGAUGGCCCGUCUAGGGAGCUCAGUUGUCCAAAACUUGGUCUCAGAUGAUGUUCUCAUCUCCAGUCCCUUCAUUCAGAGGGGCAAAACUGAGCCUCAGCAAGACACUUCUCUUCAUGGUACUGCCUCAGGCCUCUAAAAUUAUAAGAUUACCUCUCCCCAAUCUGAAGAAAAGAAAUAAAUUCUCAGAAUUUUAUCUAUUUUUAAGGCAUUCUUCCCCAAUAUUUUAUCAAAAACUGACACCUAUGCUGUUGUCUGCUAACACACAUGCUUACAGGAGCCAGAAGAAAGGUAAGGGGCUGGUGGCUGUUAACAGGAACGUUCAGAAAAGAUGACCCUGUUUGAUUUGAGAGCUUAUUUUGAUCAACAGCAUGCACGCUGUGGUUGAGAUUUUAUACUGCAGACUUGGAGCAGCAGUCGCCUUUGCGGUCAGUACCCGUGUCCUGGAGUGUCAUGGAAUGAAGUGUAACCACUUACUCAUGGCGUUCCAUGAAGAACUCAGGCUUCCCCACGCUCUGCCCCUGAGCAAAUUUGAGACCCAUUGCUCUAAAGGCCAAGUUCAAAAGCCUUGACCUGGCAUUUAAAGGCUCACCAGCCCUCAAGAGAUGGCCUUCAUCUGUCAUUUUGGCUUCAUCUCCCACAAAACUCCUCUGUAAGUCGAAACUCUUUCCUGGACUGACAUACGUGUUCCUUUGCACCUGUUGGACUCCUGUGUAUGCUUCGAAGCCCAGUUUUAUUUGUCUCUCAUUCAGGAAGCCUUCCAACACUGCUGUUCUCUGCCUCCUUUAAGUUAUCGAUGCAGCUGCCGCCUGAUGUUUUAUGUUAUUGCUUCUAUUUUCCUGUGCAUAUGCUUGUAUUCCUAGCUAGAGUGUAAGUCCCCAGGGACAAAGACUGCAUCUUAUCCUUUUUAUGCAUGGCCUGGACCUAAGGAAGAAAGUAUCCUGUGAAUUCAUUGCUUCGUCAUGUCCAUAGCAGCUUUUGCAUGUUGCUGUCCAGACUCA